UGCUCAGCUGGAUACAAUAUUAAAUCCUACCAGACUCCCAUUUCAUCUCUCUCUCUCUCCCAUUUUGACACGCAUACAACUCAGAAACCGUGUAAAGUAUGAGUGCUCUUCUGCUUAUGUGAUUAAUAUGAGAUGAGAUUCUCUUAAUAUUCACACAAUUACACCAAAGAUUCAAACUUUACGUAUUUCUCUUGCUUCCCAGAAAAAAAAAUGGUUCAUAAAAUCUUUGUUUCUAACUAUGAAAGACCUUACUUUUACACCCGGCCAAUUUUCCCACCACCGCCACAUCCGGCCACCGUCAGCCACCACUCACAUACAUUCAAUCUAAACGAUAAGGUGAGUCCAAAUGUUCUACUCAUCAUCAUAAUUCUUGCAAUCAUUUUCUUCAUGUCGGGGUUGCUUCAUCUUCUUGUUAGAUACCUUAUGAGACCAAUUAAUAGAGAUCCAGAUGACCAGUUUGAUAAUGUGAGUGUACUUCAAGGCCAGUUACAACAACUGUUUCAUCUCCAUGACUCAGGUGUUGACCAGUCUUUCAUUGACAGAUUGCCUGUUUUCACUUACAAGUCAAUCAUUGGUGUGAAAGAUCCUUUUGAUUGUGCUGUGUGUUUGUGUGAGUUUGAAGGUGAAGAUAAGCUUAGGUUAUUGCCAAAAUGUAGCCAUGCAUUUCAUAUGGAUUGUAUUGAUACAUGGUUAUUGUCUCACUCCACUUGUCCUCUUUGUAGAGGUAGUUUGCUUUGUGAUGUGACUCAAACUACUUGCUUUUCACCAAUUGUGCUUGUUCUUGAAUCUGGAAGUGGUGAGAUUUCUAGAGAGGGUGUUAAUAAUGAUCAACCUGAUGGUCCAUCUAUUGAACAAGUGAAUUCCCAUUUGAGUAAUGUAGAAUUUGAAUUAGAUAAAGGUGAAGUGGUGAAAGAAGAUGAAGAUAAGGAGAAAGUUGUUACUAUUAAGCUUGGGAAGUUCAAGAGUGUGGAUAGUGGUGGUGGUGGUGGUGGUGGUGGUGAGGGGAGUGGUGGGAAGCAGGCAAUUGAUGGUAGGAGGUGUUUUUCAAUGGGAUCUUUUGAAUAUGUGAUGAAUGAGAGUUCAUCUUUACAAGUACCAAUUAGUACCCAUGUAAAGAAACAAGCUAGCAAGAAAUCUUCUCUUCCAAUCACCUCGAGUCACCGGGUGGCAAUGUCGGAAUGUGGUGGUGAUUCUAGGAGGGAUUUCAAAGGAAUUGAUGUUUUUGGUGGUGGUGGUGGUGCAAUUGGGAAAAGCAAGAGGGAGAGUUUUUCAGUGUCCAAGUCUUGGCUUAGGGGGCAGAAAGAGAAGGCUACAUCAACGGUGACCGCCACCGUUGGGCCGUCGAAAAGUGGGUCAUUCUCCUUUCGUUUUCCGGUUCACCGGAAUGAAUCUAAUGCGAAUCGGAGGGCUAAUUCUGAACUGAGUAUUGGGAGGUGGAAGGAUGAUCAAGAAAUCCAAGUUUGUCAAUGGUUGGAUUCAUUUUCACUAGAAGCAUCAAAAACACCAUCUUUUGCAAGGAGGACUCUACUUUGGCUUAUGGGUAGGCAACAGAUCAAGGCGGGACAUUCAUCUACAUCAACAAAUGUUUAAACUUUUUUCACCCUCAAAAUGUAACAUUUACCAAUGUUUUAAAGGUUUUUUGUCCAAUUUUAGGGGAGAUUAGAGAAUGAUUAGUGAAAUGCAACACAAAGAAUCAAGAUUAAAACAAUCUCAAUACUAGUUUUUAAUUAUAGAUGCAA